UUGAAUUUGUUAAACAACAAACACUAAACGGGGGUCCUGGAUGGCGAGAGAGAGUACGGAGUGAAAAGAGAACAAGGAGGGGGGUUAAAUAGCGUGUAUGAAUAAAAUGAAAGCAUGAAUGGGAUUGAAAUGAAUUAAAAUUGCGUUUUAUAAUCUUAUCAGCCGUUCUGAAAGCCGGUUUGGCGUUUGAAUAUAAUGCGUGUAGGGUGGGAGAGAGGAGGUUAUGAAAGGUGGAAUUCUGGAUGGAGGUUCGUAGCCUAAAGUAAAAAAAAAAGAUAUGCGCAUUCAAUUGAAAGUUAACUAAGAGCAAAAGAGACGGCGAUGGCGAGACAGAGAGGGGAGGAGGCUGCCUUUCUUUCCACAUUCGCUCUUUUACUCACUUUCUUAAUCUGACGCUCACUCGCUCGCUCGCUCGUACGCUCUCUGACUGAUGUCUUACGAAGUACAUUAUCUCGCGCUUCGUCUUAAUAGAGCGCGCCUCCUCCCUCUUACCCGCCCCUCACCGAAAUGCGCGUGCAGCUUCAAUAAAGAGCCCAUAAAAAGUAAAAAGAACUCAUUCACUCAUUGUUCUAUUGAAGUGAGAUAAGUGCCUCCUUCCCUCGCUCCCUCCCCCCUCUCUCAGCUUUCCUUUCGUCCUGCGACAGUAUUUAAGAGGCGGCUGGGAGGCAGAGACAUCAUUCGCUCCAACCAACUAGCCUGAGAGUCACUGAACUUUCGACGAAAAUCUGGAUUGAAGAGAAGUGUCAAGUCCAGAAUUGUCUUUUCGUGUCUACAUUCAUUGGCAUAUUGUCCAGCUGAAGUCCAGACAUGCCUCGCUCCUUUUUGGUGGACUCCUUCAUUUUACGAGAGAACACGGAGAAGACAGCGGAUACCGGAGCUCCCAUUUUCCCCUAUGCAAUACAUCACCAUCAUCCAACGCAUCCGUUCCACGGCUGUCACUCUAGAAAGGCCGGACUGCUGUGCUUCUGCCCGCUUUGCGUCACUACAGCAGCGGUUACGGCGUCUCAGCUCCAUCCAUCAACUCCGCCAGCUCCACCGGGAAUCCCCCCGCUUCUCAAAGCGUCCUUCCCUGGUUUUGGAAGCGCCUCAUACGGUCACGCUAGUGGAUUGAGUCGGCAACAUGGUUCUGCAGGUACCGGGGCGGUACAUCUCAGCGUUAGUCCCGGAGUUUACCAAGGAGGAUACCCGACUGUACACGCCACAGACCCGCGGUAUCAUUGUAUAUCUAUAGAUAACAGCUCGAGCCAACUUCAAAGUACCAAACGAAUGCGCACGGCCUUCACGAGCACUCAGCUUCUGGAACUUGAGCGCGAGUUUGGGGCCAACAUGUACCUCUCGCGACUAAGGAGGAUUGAGAUUGCAACCUACCUGAACUUGUCAGAAAAGCAGGUGAAGAUCUGGUUCCAAAACCGCCGCGUGAAACACAAGAAAGAGGGUAAAAACGGCCACAGCGGAGCCCACCGGGUUGGGGGCGGGAGCGCACACUGUAAAUGCGCGUCCAUGUCCUCAGCGCGCUGCUCUGAAGACGAAGACGACGAGCUGGCCAUGUCGCCAGAAUCUUCGGGGAAAGAGGACACCGACAUGUCCAUCACUCCGUGACCGCAUUUGGAGACGACAUGGUGUGGCCUGGGCUCGAUGUAGUGUCGUUUGCUUGGCACUGACAUUCUUAAGGCAUAGCAUAUGGCCCGGCGCAAUGUCCAUAAUGCUUACACACUUUACAGUAACGACAAUGAAACACUGUAUGGAAACAUGGUAUCUUCCAUUGUAUUAUGGGACAUUUACAUGUAUUGCCAUUCAAAACAUAGCCAAAGUUGUAUCUGUACAUAUGUAAAUAAAAUAAUCAAAGUAACAAUAUAUAGACAAAGUUUACAUAUUCGUACCUAUGUGUACCUCGAUGAUUUACCGCCUGGUAGGCUAGAUUGGAGAGGGUGUUUAAAUGGACGCACCUGUUUGAAACACCUAAAUAGUGAUAUCUAAGAAAGCACCGAAACAGUCGUCGGGUCAUCCACACUGAAUUCCAUUUGUGGACUUCUGAGAAUAGUAUAUGAUAUGGCGUUUUCUAUUGUUUGGUAUUGUACAGACAUGCACUAACACUGUUUGUUUACAAAUCAGACUUGAUUUACAUUUUUCAUGUGAUGAUGUAUGUCCUGUUUCGGACCAAAUGUCAGUGGGAGAUCAGGGCCUUGAGGUUCUAAUCAUCAUCAAAACCUGAUUCCAGAGAAUUGUCUUUGAGAUGUGUACAUAUGUUUUCAUACCAAGCAUGGCUUGACGAUGAUGUAUAAUUUUGUACAGCCAGUUUUAUGUAAAUACUGUUCUCCAUUUUAUGUACAUUUGAUAUAGUACACAUGGAAAUUAUUGCGCCUGGACUGGCGUCAGAUUGUCCUUUCUUGGUUUGGACUUAAAGAAGCUUUAAGUGGCCGUUUAGUAACGGGCAUACCCUAGUGUUAAAUAAUGUUUGUGUCAAUAUAUAUAAUUAUUAUUGUUGUUGUAUA